AUUAUUCGGCAGCUGCUGGAACAAUCAAGGGAGGCAUGAAGAAAACGCACUUGGAAGCUGCAAAAAUUGGAGGGAGGUUUACAGUACCUUCUUCUGUUUCUGUGGAUAAAAAUGGGGUGUUUAAUGUGGAUACCGAAUCUUUUGAUUUGUUGAUAGAGGAGCUGCGAGAAUAUGAUGAUGUUUCCUAUGUGUCAGAAUCAUCAGCAAUGGAAGUGGUAGGUGUGGGAAUAUUUGAUAAGGAGAAUGACAAAAGGAUUGUGGAAAGUGCCAGUAAGAAUGGUAAAAGUGAGAAUGCUUUAAUGGUGCCUCUGAUUGCGAUAAGUUGUGACAACGAUUACGCAAAAGCUAGGGUCUGA